GGUCACAAAACACUGAACCGCGGCUCAUGUCCACACAAAGAGCAGAACAGCCCCCUGAGUGUUUCAGACCAUAUAGUUUGCUUAACUUGGACACUGGACUUAUUUUCAAGGGUGAGGCGGGGGUUUACUAUAACUGCAUGAAGGUUUUCUCUGUGUGCCACGGCUCCACUGCACUCCUCUCUCAGGAGACUUCCUCCGUCUUGACAGAAGUCUGGACCUUUCCCCUUUUUUUGGCUCUCUCUCUCUCUCUCUCCCUCUCUCUCUCUCUGAGGAGAAGGAGAGGGAGUGGAUCAUAGCUGACGCUGAUGCCGAAGGGCCAAUACACGUGAGGACUCUGUUCUCUCCAGUUCUGUUUCUACAGAGGCCGUGCGCUUACAUCUGGCCCUCUGACGGGACAGACAGACAGACAGCUCCCUGAUUCUGUCAGGACGACUCAGGAUAUCUCUGAUAUCUCUUCAGCUCCUCGUCUUUGUGAUGGGAUUUUCUUUAGUUGGCACCGACUGAAAUCCUAUAUUACGAAUUUGUGACUCCUUUUCUCUCCGGCGGGUUCCUUGUGUUCACUGGUGGCCAGGCGGUGAAGAUCUUGUCCCCGGACCAAGCGUCUGCCGUCGGUGGAGCGUUGGGGGGGGGGGUUUCUGCUUUAAAGGGAUGUGAGUUUGGAACCUUUCAAGACCCAAAAUGGAACCCAUUAAGAGAGACAUGGAGCUGCUCAGUAACAGCAUGGCUACCUAUGCUCACAUCAAAGCCAACCCAGAGAGCUUUGCCUUGUAUUUCAUGAUGGGCGUCUGCUUUGGCCUGCUCCUGGCAUUGUGUCUCCUGGUGACGGGAAUCGCCUGCAGGAGUCACGGCCGCAGGAGUCACGGUCGCAGGAAGGCCCCCCCGUCCCCCGAGAGGAGACAGCUCAAGGAGUCCAGCGUGGAGGAUGAGGAUGAUGACAGCAGUGAGGAGGAGGGAGAUGAGGACACAGAAAUCCCCAAAGUGACAGUGGGCCCCAUGAGCGAGCUCAGCAGCCAGUCUAACGGCACGCUGAGGAGUGUGAACGUCUUCACGUCGGCCGACGAGCUGGAGAAGGCGCGGCGUCUGGAGGAGAGGGAACGCAUCGUGAGGGAGAUAUGGAGGAACGGGCAGCCAGACAUCUUGGUCACAGGGACGGGGACAAUUGGGCGGGUCCAUUACCACUAAACACACAUUUCCCUUCUGCCCAAACUUCACACAGACUGCAGAGGACAGGAGCUACGCUGGAUUGAAACUAAUAAUCUCUCAUGUUUACUUUGUUUUAUGAACGUUUGUGCUUGUGCUAAACGACAAACAGAUUUUGUAUGCAGCAUAUUUGCCCUCAUUUGUAGACUACUUUUGCUUGGCAAUGUGAAUCAUUAAAACCUAAACCACUUUUUGGACAUAAA